GUUUCUUUUUAAGCUUCGCCCCAAUUGGACGUUUUCGAAAGGACUUGAUCCGUUGGCUGGGUAUUUAACGCGCGCGCUACAAAUAUAAUAAUGAAAUAAGAAAGGACUCACAUAUAAAAUAUAAUAUAAACUAGAAAAAUUCAUAAAAAUAAUUAACUAAAAUAAAGUGCAAAGCUUUACAAUGUUUUUGCGUAUCUGUGUGUGUGUGUCCUUCAUAGCGCAUCUGCUUUGGCGUCCAUUUUUUCAGAGGCUUGCAGCAACACGCAUUUGCUCCUUGAAGAGCCUUACAAUACAUAUUAACGUGUAUGUAGGCGCAUCUAAAUGUGUGUGCGCUUCUUAAGAAAUUUCGUGUGACUUAAUACGUGCAUUGUUGUUUUUAUUGCAGUCACCUGCCAGCAGUAGACUCGCAUUCCAUUUGACAUUUCGGUAAUUUUGCGCACGCUGUAAAUAUUUAGUGCAUAAGCAAGAACGCAAAAACAAAGCAAAAAGUACGAAAAAAAAAUCAAAGUCAAAGCGCAAAGAACACUCAAUAUAAAUAUUAUAUGAGAACAUAACAAUAAAAAGCAGCAACAAAAAACGCUCAUGGUGGCAAAUGAAAGAAAUCAGGGUCAUGCAUUGGCGAGCAAAAACUAUAUAAAUAAAAUUAUAAUAAAUAGAGAUGUGUGUGAAAUAAUUGUGCAAUCUAUUAAAUGUGCCACUUGAAUUAGAAAAAAAAGUAAAGAAAAAAAAUCAAAUCAAAUAAAAAAGCAUAAAACAGCAAAAAUAUAAUUAAUUAUUUAUUAAAAUUCUUAAGUAAAAAAGUUAAAAAGAAAUCCAUAAAUUAUAUACAAAGAAUUUUCUGCUGAUUCCCCUUACUGUGAUAUAACUUAUGCAGCAGAACAUAACCUAGAAAAAAAAAAGAACUCAACUUAAAUACAAACAAACUACUUUUAGUACCUUAACAAUAUAAUAAACGCGUCCUUUGUGCGCACCAACACAUGUACUAACAUACAUACAUAUGUAAAUAAAAAUACUUAAUACAUAUGUAUAUAAAAACAUAUGUAUAAUAUACAUAAAUAAAAAAAAAAAAUUGACAUCCACAUGACUUUUCUGCGCAAUUUGUCGUUUGAUUAUCUCACACAAACACACAAGCACUCACACACGUAAGCACAUUGUUCAGCUCCGUGUGACAAAAGAAAAAUAGUAACAAAAGUGGAAACUGGAAAUAGAAUAGAAUAGCAGUGAAUUUCCAUAUUAAACGCCGACAGUGUAAGUCACUUUUAAGUGGCGCCCUCAGCUAUCAGCGGCAGCCUCCAGUGUCGUCGAGCGCAAGUGAGCAAGCACUUCACUUCACUUUACACAACGAGAAAUUGCAAAACUUGUUGCCGGAAACUUGUCGUGAUGGGGAUAAGGACAAUGGAGUCGCAACACAAAUCGGUUUUCAUGCUACUCUUCACUCUAUGCCUUACAUUAAGCGCUGCCCUUGAAGAGGACUGCAUUGACUUCCAGGGCAAUUCCGUUAAUCAUGGCAUGCUGUAUGUGCCCGGACCAGGUGUCUGCAGUCUUUGUGUCUGCUAUCACUCAGAACCGCUUUGGUGCAAGGCCAUCUAUUGUGAUCCACCCUAUUUCUGUAAAAAUUUCCGUGUAGGCGAACGUUGUUGUGAGUUCGAAUGUUUGGAUCCGCCCGGAGAGGAUAAUAAAUAUCAGGAACGCAUGCGAAAACGGGCGGAAAUAUUGGCUGGCAAUAGCACUGCAUCGAUGCAUCGCAUCACACCGCUCGCCGUCUCCACCAUAGUGUUUACAGUUAUAACAAAUAACUUUUUGAAUUUAUAACUUCAAGCAAAAGGCGAAAUCACAGAUGGUGGCUGGUGGUGAAGCGUGGAAGGAGUUGAGUGCAAAAUGUGGCGAAACAAAGUAGAAACGGAAAGCGCCUUAUUCGUGUGUCUGUCGCUGUAUGUGUGUAGAGUAGUGGAGCAGGAAAUCACUGUCGGUGGUGGUGUAACAAAUAUUUGCGCGAAAAUUCGCGCAUAUUUACUAUGCUGUAGUACGUGCUAGCAUAUAUAUAUGUACAUACAUAAAUACCAUACAUACAUAUGCAUGUAUCUGGAUUUAGCACAUUUUUUUACAUACUUCAAUAUAACAAUAAUUUAGUGCAGAGAGCAAAAACAAUCUUAGUGAAAAAAUUAUGAAAAAUUAAUUUAAUGAUUGAAAAGAAAUAAAAAAUAAUAAAUAAAAUAUAAAACUAUAAAAAAAUAAUAAAUACAAAAUUUAAUAUAGAUAAAAUGAAAAAAUGAAAAAAAAUUUGAAAUAUUCAAAAAAUAUAUAUAUACAUAAAAAUAUAAAAAUAAUAUGAAAAGUAAAAUAAUUUUGGAAUAUACCAAAAUUAUAUAAAAAAAAGCAUCUAUGCAAAUUUGUGAAAAAAUUCAAAAUGGCAAAAUUUAAAUAACACCUCAAAACAUAUGACACAUAGAUACAUAUGUACAUACUUAUGUAAGUAAUGUGAAAAAAAACAAAUUAAUUAAAAAAAUAAUAAAUAUAUCUCUAAUGAAAUCUGAUAAUAAUUUUGAAAAUCUAGAAAUUUAUUGCAAUUAUAUAAUUUAACUAUAGCUAAAACUGAUGCAGGUGUACAUAGACCAAUGAACAAUAUAUGCCAGGUUCUCAUUUUCAAACUAAUCUUGACAUAUAUACAUAUAAAUAUACUAAUAUUAACAGCUAGUUAAAGUAUACGCAAAUCAGAAAGAAAAAAAUUAAAAAAAAAAAUUAUUAUUAAUAAAAAAUUAAAAAUAAAUUUAAAAAAUAUUAGAAAUAAAAUUAAUGCAUAAGAAAAAUUUCAAAAAUUCCGAAUAAAAACUAAAAUAACAAUAGUCAACUAUUUAAAUUUUCAGGCAUUUAUGGCCUUUUAAAAUUAUUAUAGCCAUACUGGAAUACAAAUUUCUUACCCUUUUCAAUAAAAAAAUAUAAGAAUAACAGUUUUUCUCAGUUAUCGGACAUCAAAAAUUUGAUUUUUUUCUACCUUUUCAUUUCCUUAGUAGUCUAGAACAACAUAUCUACUUCAAUGACUUGCAAGUGAAACCAAAACAAAAUCAUUUAUAUACAAAUACCAAUUGUAUGUACAUACUUAUGUAUAAUAUAAAACAACAUGACGAAUAUCAUUUACGAGAUACACACAUUUUUAAUUGGUGCUAGUGAAGAAAUUUGAAUAAAAUUUGGAUGAAAAUAAAAGAUUGAUUGAACAAAAUGAACAUAUUCAGCAAUUUUGCAUACUUUCAUACUUUAUUGCAUAGUACAUACUUUCACAUAUACCAUACACACAUAUACAAUGUACAUAGUACACAAAAUUUAUCGAUAAAUUGCACUUUUAUGCAUGCAUAAUAACAAAAAAAAUACAAAUCUACUUGUACUUGUAUAUACAUAUAUACAGACAUACAUAUAUUCAUAUAUGUAAAAAUAUUUGUACAUAAAAUGUACAUAUUUGGUAGCUUUGAAUUCUUAGGUAAAUGCUGUUAAGGCAUUAAAAACACCAAUAUUUACAAGCAAACUUACAUAACCUAUUGUAAUUAUAAUAAUAUAAUUCAAUAAAACAUUUGAAAAUAUAUACAAUAAAUAAAUAAAUAUUAAAUCCGAUUUUAGUAAUAAAAACUAUAUUUAUAAGAAGGGGAGGGCGUUUACAUACAUAGAAUGUAGGUACUGGCUUUGAAAACUGUUAGUUUUAAUUAUAUGAUAAUUGUAAUAAAUCUCAAUAAAAAGCAAAUAAAACGAAUUAACUGAAUUGUAUAAAUUUCCAAUAAAUAUGGUAAAUAAAAAAAAUUGAGAAGAUGCUAUUUACUUAUUUUAUGUUAUUUUAUUUUAUUUUUUUAAUUUUAUUUUAUUUUAUUGUAUUUUUUAUAUAUUUUUUCCAAUAAAUAUGAUCAUUUAAAAAAAAUUGAGAAUAUGUAAUUUAUUUAUUUUAUCUUAUUUUAUUUUAUAUUAUUAUUUUUUAUUUUAUUUUACUUUAUUUUUUUGUAUUAAAUUUAAUUUUUUUCUUUGCAGCUAUGCUAGCUAUCUAAUACAAAUAGAAAUAUAUUCUGUAAUAAUAAUAAAAAUAUAUAAAAAACAACAGUCGAAAAAUAUUUUCACCCUUUUAUAUUAUAUAUUUUUAUUGUUAAAAUAUAAAUAUAUUAGUAUAUAAAUAUAAAACAGUUUUUUAAUAUCGAACUAUUUUAUUCCUACUACUUUUCGAACGCAGUUUUUAUAACUAUUUUUUGAAAUGAUUUUUUGAUGCAUUAUUUUUACACUUUUGGUUUUUAAUGUUUAAUAUAGUUUUUUUUUAUUAUUCAUUACUGUUAUACGUUAAUAAAAACGUUUAUUGUUCUCUUAUCAUCAAUAUUUUUUAUUCUAAUUAUUUUGUCUUUUCUUAUCAUUUUUUUAUACACGGAAAACCCCUUGAUUUCUCAUUGACAAUUAAUAAUUAUAAUUUUUCAAUAAAUUUUUAAAUAUCAAUAAACUUAACGAUAGUCUAUGAAAACAGUGUAAACCUUCAUAAGAAUUUUAAAAAAAUUUCUUAAAUUUUUAAUUAUAGUAUACAACACCUGGCUUGGUAUUGAACCAACCCAAAUUUUUUCGAGAGAUUGAGUCAUUAAAAAAAUAAAAACUUCUCCGCUUUUCGAAGUUAGCCUCCAAGAUCGAAAUAUUGCCUUCGAAUUUGGAAAUUAAGCUUAUUAAAAAAUUAUUAUUAUUUAUAGUUUGUAAAUUCCUAAAAAAUGUAAAGCAUGGAAAUAUUCUACGCUUUACUCUUAUUUGAAUGGUGGAUACAAUUUUUCAGUGAAGCUUAUAUGACAUAUAAUGUAUUAAAGUUGGGCCAGCAUUUUUGAAAUAGAAACUAUUUAUUUUUUUGGAAGAUUCAAAUUUGAUACCAUAUAGCAAUCAUUGUCAUAUAAUUUGACCGAAAAUUUUAUACACGUUUGUAAUAUAAGGAAAAAGAAGUUUUCGUCCAUACUUUUCUUAUUAACUAUUUACUGAACAAUAGGGUUUUCCAAUAACCCUGACUUUGUAAUACGAAGACAAAUAUUUCGUUUUCGGAGAUUAACUUUGAAAAAAGAAUAAAGACGAAGUGCCGAAAGAGAUAAUUAAUUUCAUCUUUAUCCAUUUAGCGUCAAAAUUUUAUAUACUUGUAUAUAAAAAAAAUUAACUUCAUUUAGCAUUAUUUCGAGAAUUAUGUUCUGCUUGUUCUAAAUGGGUCUGCGUGUAUGCAUUGGUUUAGGGUAGGUGAUUAGAAAUGCAAAAAAAAAAGUAUUUUACAAAAGCAAUUAAGGCGAAUUGUGGAGCAGGUAGCACUGUAUUUAUUUUGAUAUUUAUUUACUUUUAUUUAUUCUAUUUUUAUAAAUAUUUUUCAUUUUGUAUUUGGAUUAUUAUAAUAUUUUUAUAUAUAUUUAAAAUAAAUUGCAAAAAUUGUUUGCCUAAAUUAAAGCAAAAGCAUUUUUAAAUACUAAAGGUAGCAAAUCUUCAUAAUUAAACGAAUAUUGCCUUAGAAAUAUAUUAUAAAAUAUUCUCUUGAAAAAACAGAAAAAAUAAUAAGAAAAUAUCAUAAUAUUUUCCAUAUUAAACAAAUAAUAUAAAAGCAGACGAAUUAAUAGUAGACAAAAUAAGUCAAUUUCAAAACAAAAAAACUAAUUGAACUAACUUAAUUAAAACUAUAUCAAUGAAUUAAAAAAAGAGUCCAAAAGCUUUAGCAUUUAGAAAAUAAGAUUCUAAUAAAUCACUUUUUAAAUAAAAAACUUUAAUUACCGUUAAAUAGAAAUAGGAUUGGAAAAUUUUGCGUAGGUAAAUAAAUUACAAAAAACUCAUAACUGUGGUCUCUUAUAUUAAGCAGAAAUUUAGUGACACUUAUUAAAAAAUAAUUAUAUGGCAUACACUGAAUGUAAAUAAACUAUUGAAACGUCACAAAUAACAAUAACAACAUGUGACAUGAAAAUAAAUGAUAAAUGUGUAAUAUUGCAAAAUAAUUUAAUUAAUGAAAAACGUACAUGGUUUUUGAAAUUAUAGCAAAAAUAUAUAAAAAAUAAAAUAUAUAUACAAUAUAUAUAAAUUAAAAGCAAAAUAAUUUACAUGGCAAUUCGAUAAGAAACUACCUUUUUCUAAAAUCUUGAUUAAUAUGGCACUGAAAGAAGUUUUAUUUUACUGAAGAAACUUUUUGACUUUAAUUAAUUGACAUGACUUCAAAUAUAGAAAAAAAUGUUUCCACUUUUUUUAUGUGAAACCCAAAAAUUUGCUGGCACAAAAAGAUUUCAAAGCAUGAAAAAUUGUUUUUUUAAGCUUUCACUUUUAUUUGAUAAAUGAUUUGAAAAUAUGUUAAGCUUUCAUGUGGUGCUUUGUGCUUGAAAUAGAAAAGCUCACACAAUGAGUGUUUGAGUGGCCAUCCAUAUCGAACGAACUCGAAAUUUUCUUUUAAAAUACUUUUUGUUUCGAUCACUAGGCUAAAAAUAAAGCAAAAGUUUAGAAUUAACUUCUUCGCCAAGAAAAAAAUUAUUUAUUACAUUUAAUAAAUUCUGCAUAAUCUUUGGCCGUAAUAAUAUAUUUAUUAGAUUUAAUAUACACAUACAUAUGUACAUAAUAGCAAAGCUUUAAAUAUUUUUAUAUAUUUAAAUAAUGCAAAUUUACAUAGAGCAAAAUCAUAAUUAUUAAGCUUUAGCCUUAAGUAAAUUUUUGUUGCGUCAAUUAUGCAAAAUUAGCAGAUGUACACAUAUAUUUAUGCAUAUUUAUUGCUGUAAAGUUUAAUUAAUGCAAUUUAGGUUUUUGAAAAGUGCGUUAAAAAGCGCAAGAGUGAUUGUUUGGAUCCAAUUUGUUGGUUGCGCCGAAUGUGUUAGAGUCAGAUUCUUUUCAAAAGAAUAUCAAGAGAAGGCUGUGAGAAAUAUUUGCUUUAAAAUUACCAAAUUACAAAUCAUAAAAUACCAGAAACAAAAAAAAACAUUAAACAAAACAAUAAAAAUAAGAAAAUCAAUAAUAACAAUGUACCAAUUGAAUAAAUAUAUAAAAAGUAAAUUAUAUAUUUAAGUAUAGUAUAUAUGUAACAAGUAUGUCACAAAGGCAAAAAUGAAAGAUAACACAUGGCUACAACCAGUUCUGUUAUAAGCCAGUGGCAAAAAAACACUCGCUAAAAUUACAAAAUGCUUGCAAAAAAAUAAAUUCGAUUAUUUGUAGGAAUUCAGCAAGUUGGGUUAAAAUAUAUGACAGAUUUCUAACCUUGAAUAAAAUUUAAAACUAGUUCUCAAUUAAUAAACAACAAACAAUAUUGAAACGUCCAGGAAAUUAGUUUUGAUUUAAGCACUCAUUUUGCACUUGCUUAACUAGAAAACAGGAUUUGGAUUAUAAUUUAUCCCUUAAAUAGAAUAUAAAUUGAGCUAAAAUAUAAUAUAUAUAAAAGCUUAAAAUAUACAUUAUAUAUAUAAAAUUAAAUUCAAGUAUUUAUUAGGUUUAUUUAUAUGAUUGAAGCUUUCCAAUUGAAUUAAACAAUUUCAAAGUAUUAAAAUAUUGAUUUGGAACUUCUAAUAACACUAAUCCCUCCUUUAUUUAGUGGUUAAAGGCAGUUCGAUUGUCUUUCUUUAUCUUUCCUAAAACAUAAAAUUAUUUCCAAUUUAAACAAAUCAUAAUUUAAGGAUUUUAUAAUUCAAAAUUUUUUUCAUCCUGCCAAAGAUUCUCUCAGAACACAUUACCCUAAAUGCCUCUCUGAUGAUUCAUAUAAAUACAUAUAUAAAAAUGAUUUACAAACGGUGCAGAAACAAAAAAAAAAUUAUUAAAUUAAAUUAAAAUGCUUGACUGGCGGCAUUUUUUCAGACUAAAUACUUUUCAUCAGAUAUUUUUUAACUUUUGAAAUUUUUUUUAUAUGGCUAAAAUCACACACAAAUUUGUUGACUGCAAAUGGGGAUUAAAACAAAUAUUAUAAUCACAAAACAGCUCUACAAGUAGUUUUAACUGCAGUUGAUCUUACCACUGACAACUUGGAGAUGGACUUUCAAUAUAGACCAAAUUUAUAUUUUCUUUUUUAAACCUAGCUGCCUAAUUACUUAAGGCAAGUAUGUGUAUCGAAAACAGCUUGUUUCCUUCUCCGAUUGACUGAUUUAUAUUGUUUUGAACGGUUAUUUAACGGUUAUGGCUGCCUAACGUCUCAUUUUCGUGUUAGAAAUGUGCGAAAACUUUUGCAGUGUCACCUAAUACUUUGGUCGUCGAAAUUUGAACUGAUGAAUGACAAAGGAAGUGAAUUAGACUACCUUGCGUCCGGCUGCUAUUAUUACCUUUAUUAAACACUCGUUAUUAUAUAAAUUUUUUUUACCAUUAAAUAAUAACACAAUUAAGCCGAAUUCUUGAAAAAUCGCUUUUACUAAAAAAAUUAUACUAGCUAAAACCAAAGGAUAAUGGAAGGCUUAACAAAUUUAUCAAGAAAAAAUUAAUUGAAACAAUUAAACCAUAUACAGAUGUCAUAACUUCAAAGUGUGCAAGAUUUAACUUCAUAAAACGAAAAUAAUGAAUAAAUUAACAAAAUUUUGUCAAUUUGAAUAUAAAUUACGAAUAUAAAAUUUUUAAUGAAAAAUAGAAAAUAGACAGAUCUUUUUAAUACAAAAUAUAAUUAAAUCGUUAUUGAAAUAAAACUUAAAGAAGUGAAAUAAAUCAAAAUAGUGCUUGAGCAAAUUCUCAAUAUUCAAAAUACAGCGCAUGUCCAUUCAUUUACAAAUUAAGUAUAAUACAUAUAAUAAUAAAAAUGAAUAAAAAUUUUCAAGAAAAAAAAUUAACUAAAUUUUUCAAUAAAAAUCUUAAAAAGCAAUUAUAAAUAAAUUUAACACUUUCAUUUUCUGCAAAAAUAAUAAAUGGCAACUUUAAGAAAAUUACAAGAAACAACAACAAUGCAACAAUUUUUAUAAUAACACUUUACUGAAUUUUUCAACGCAAAAAUACACACAAUUCUCUUUUAUAGUUUUUGUUAAAAAACGUAAAUGCCAAUGAAGCGAGUUUGUUAAUAAAAAAUAAAACUGUUAAUAUUAUAUAAGCUAAAUUUCGAUUACGCUUGUUAUAUAAUUAUAAUGGACACCUAAAGACACCCGUAUGUACAUUACAAUACACUAAGUACAGAAAAUAUACAUACAUACAUCAGAAUAUGUAUGUUUCUUAACCGUACAGAUAACAAAAACAAAAUUUUCCCCAAAUUUAAGAACUAUAUACUAUGUACUAUAGUCUCAGAGCAACAAAAUACAAAGAAAAACUAAUAAAUAAUUAAAUACAUAUUUAAAACUAAAA